GAACUAUAAAAGAACGCACAAUCUGCCGGAGAACGAUCAGUAGCGAACAAGCGAACGCGUCUGUUAAUACAUUUUGGAGCAGUUUGAACGAAGGUCGUGUGAAAGCAUAAGAUGGCAAAGUUUCUGAUGUUAUCCCUGUUUCUGGUGAUCGCCAUCGUCGCGAUGGUUAGCGCACAAGGCGGACACGGUGGGCACAAUGAUGGACACGGACAUGGCGGAUUUGGUGGCCAGGGACACAAUGGCGGUGGCCAGUACGGAGGCUUUGGCGGUGGCCAGUACGGAGGCUUUGGCGGUGGCCAGCACGGAGGCUUUGGCGGCGGCCAGCACGGAGGCUUUGGCGGUGGCCAGCACGGAGGCUUUGGCGGUGGCCAGCACGGUGGCUUUGGCGGUGGCCAGCACGAAGGCUUUGGCGGUGGCCAGCACGGAGGCGUUGGCGGUGCCCAGCACGAAGGCUUUGGCGGUGGCCAUGGACAGAUGAACGUGCACGGAGGUGGUGGCCAGCACGGAGGACACGGCCAGGGUUUCGGAGGACACGGCCAGUUCGGUGGUCACGGACACGACCAUCAGCAUGGUCAUGGUGGAUACAAGUCUCACGGCUACUGAAUGAGUAAAGUUUAGGUUUGGUGUGUUUUCUAAGGGAUAAAAUAAAUUGUGAUUUGAGUGUACAUAUGA